ACUGUGAGCAUCCCCGACGGUCGCCUCCUGAUGACGCACACGGAAACACCGAUAGGCUCUGCCUCCCGAAGAAAAGGGAGCCGCGCAGCGCCUACGGGAGUCCGGCGGCAGCAGCCGGCACCGGCAACCACGGGCAGCUCUCAGGGAAUCUCCGUCGUGAGGCCAGAGGCUCCAGUCCCCGCGAGUCCAGAUGCCUGUCCAGCCUCCAAGCAAAGACACAGAAGAGAUGGAAGCAGAGGGUGAUUCUGCUGCUGAGAUGAAUGGGGAGGAGGAAGAGAGUGAGGAGGAGCGGAGCGGCAGCCAGACAGAGUCAGAAGAGGAGAGCUCCGAGAUGGAUGAUGAGGACUAUGAGCGACGCCGCAGCGAGUGUGUCAGUGAGAUGCUGGACCUAGAGAAGCAGUUCUCGGAGCUAAAGGAGAAGUUGUUCAGGGAACGACUGAGUCAGCUGCGGUUGCGGCUGGAGGAAGUGGGGGCUGAGAGAGCCCCUGAAUACACGGAGCCCCUUGGGGGGCUGCAGCGGAGCCUCAAGAUUCGCAUUCAGGUGGCAGGGAUCUACAAGGGCUUCUGUCUGGAUGUGAUCAGGAAUAAGUAUGAAUGUGAGCUGCAGGGAGCCAAACAGCACCUGGAGAGUGAGAAGCUGCUGCUCUAUGACACGCUGCAGGGGGAGCUGCAGGAGCGGAUCCAGAGGCUGGAGGAGGACCGCCAGAGCCUGGACCUCAGCUCUGAAUGGUGGGACGACAAACUGCAUGCCAGAGGCAGCUCCAGGUCUUGGGACUCCCUGCCGCCCAGCAAGAGGAAGAAGGCACCUCUGGUUUCUGGCCCAUACAUCGUGUACAUGCUUCAAGAGAUCGACAUCCUGGAGGACUGGACGGCCAUCAAAAAGGCUAGGGCAGCUGUGUCCCCUCAGAAGAGAAAAUCGGAUGGACCUUGACCCUGCUCUUCACAGCCAGGGGGACCCUCAGAGCAGCUGGCACUGCACCCAGGAUUCUCAUCUUCCUCCUGCAGACAGGCGGACGGACCCACAGGCCACUCAGGGUCUGCCCAGCCAGGCUCCUGUGGUGCUGCUGGGCCCUCCCACUCCAGCUGGCACUGGCCUGGACUCCCCCUCUGCCCUCCUCGAGGCCUGCACAGCUGUGGCCGUGGAGCUGACCUGACCAGGCAAGGCUGCUGUCUCCAUCCCUGAGCCGCCUGCCACCUCCCACUCCUGAAGAUCCAUCUCUUGGGGCUCCCCUGACAGAGAAGACAGCCGAAGUCGAAGCCACAUCCUCUUGCUGAUCUUGGAUGCAGGCUCUCCGGCCUCAGGGCCAGGGAGCCAGUUUCCACUGUGCGGGAACUCUGAGUCAGACGUGAUUAUCUGGGGGUCUGUCCACCCUGGCUGGAUCUGGAGGCAAGAUGCCAGGCCCCCCAGGUGUUCAGGGCAGUUCUUGGUGUCUGCCUCUCAGAUUCCAAGGACUGGAAUUAAAACCUUUCCUGGGA